AUGUCUCAAGAUUCCGAUCUCCAUACGACGCUCGUGCUCGACGCAUUGAGUAAUGGCCUAAACAUAUCCAUGGCAGAGCUCCUCGGAAUCCUAGGUCGACAAGCCCCGAUCUCGAACCUUCUCCUAGAGCCCAUUCUCGGAUUACAGCAGCUUGCCGCGACCACGACGCUGCUUGCUGUACCGAGCAUCCAUUCACAAAAGAAGGCGGCACUGGGGCCCGUGGCAGGAGAAACGGAAGAGGAACGGAAAGACCUGAAGAGGUUUCUAAUCACGUACUGGAUCGCUUUGUGUCUUGCUUGCCUGAUCGCUGUAUCUGCAGUCUGGACCAAAGUGCACAUGGCGGCACACAAGGGCCGGAAAAAGUUCGAGACGAAGAAGAAGCCCCAGUCGGACGUUGAGAAAUGGCAUUUGCGGCGUCAGAGGGAGCGCGAGGCAUCAUUGCAGAUGGGACAGGUCGAUGAUCAGGCUCCAGGCGCAUAA